AUGGCUCGGUCGGUCGUCGCAGCGCUGGCCGUAAGCUUCGUGGUCGCGCCUGCGGCCGUGCAGGGCUACGCCAAGUACGUCAAGCUCAUCCCGAACGGCGGCAACGUGCCGGACACGCCCAACGUGGGGCACCUGGACGCGGCCGGCGAGACGGGAGUCAACGACUUCGGAGAGGCCUUCGCCAAGGCCGGAGAAGCCUGGACGACCGCCCUGUGCCAGGAGGACACGGACGGAGACGGGUACACCAACGGCCAGGAGCUCGGAGACCCGUGCUGCACCUGGACCACGAGCAACACGGCGGGCCUCAUCACGGACGGCGUGAGCCACCCGGCCGACGCCUCCAAGGUCCCCACUAGCAGCACGCUCAAGGCCGGCUGCUCUAGCGGCACCAGCACUUCUACCGGUACCAACUCGACAGGUAGUACGGGCGACUCGGUGGGCGACGUGGUGGGGACGGUCGCCCCUGCGGAUUUUACCACGGGUGGAAUGCCCCCCGAUGACGAUGAGGACGACUCGUCCGAGAGCGCCGUGCUGACUGCCGGGGCCUCGAUGACCACUAUGAGCAGUGUUGCGGUGGUAGUCGCUGCGGCGCUGGCGACGGCUGUUGCAUUGUAG